AAACAAGCCAGCGCCUUAAACUUCUAGCAUUAGUGCCCUGCCUUGCUCUGACUGCAGUGUUUAAGUGUGUUCUAAGCUACGAACAACAAAAUUACCUGACAGUGGGAAAGCUCGGUAUCUCCAGAAUAAUGAAUCAGGUAAGGAUUGGAGUUUAGGCAAUGGGUAUUUAGUUAAAACUAAAGUUAACGAUCAAAAUUGAGUUUUGGGAUAGGCAAGAUGGAAUAUAUUCUCCUAAAGUGUCUCAAUUUACUUCCUAUAAGAUCAAGAAGCAACAUCUUAUAUUUGUGUCCAAAUUCACAUCUCGUUUUGGGUGUAUAAAGGAGAGCAGCAGGAACAUAGAAAGCAGAGUCUCUGCAAAUAUCAGUUAUCCUUGCCGAAACGCUCACACACUCACACGCAGAACUAAUUUAAUUUCAACAUAACCAAUUCAGUUCUUUAAAAAAAAAAAAGGGAGCCUAGUCUAUAUUGACUCAGCUCUGGAAUUUUUGGGGUGAGUUUGCCCAGUUGCUUUAUAUAUCCCAGAUCCAGAAUCCCAUUGUUUAUUACAAGGACUAAAUGAGAGAGCUGUUUCGGGCUGAGAAAUGGGUUUAAAAUUCCCACCAUAAGAAAAUAACAGGACAAUCCUAACACAGUUUCAACAAUAAUUUAAAAUAAAUUUACAAAUAUAUUUAUGGAUUUUCUUCCUAACCUUAACAAACCCCUCUACCCCCCCAAAAAAAAAAAGAAAAGAGAAAGAGGGGGAAAAAAGAGAAUUUUAGAAAUAAUAUUAAAAUAUUACUUUCAACUGUACAUCUGUGUGCAGAUCCACACGAGUACCCACAUUAUAUAAAUGGUUACCUACUCUGUAUUACCUGUAAGUUACUACAGCAAACUGUUAUUUGUAUAAUUGUCAAAUAUGAUGUACUCGUGUUUUACCAUACCAUCUCUUGAUGGCAUUUCACUGUUUUUAAUCGACUUGACUAUACUCACAUUGUCAAGUUAUCUUGAAAAUCUUUUUUAAAAAAUAUUUAAAUUUUUUUCGUCCGAACUUUGUUCAAUUAUGCAUUAGUUUUCAGACUAAAUUUGGACAUUACUUUCAUUUUGGAAAUUCCAUUCGGACUAUUGAAAUCACGUCGAAUGCACAGUUCAAAUGAAGAAGAGUCAGUAACACAGCGAUAGUGACAGAUACAAUAUUAUACUACUAACUCAACUUUCUUUAACUAAAUAAUAAAUAUAUAAAUUAUAUAUAUAUAUAUAUAUAUAUAUAUGUCAGUCUGCUCUGGGUGGGUGGAUGUCAAAUACCAGAAGGUCAAAUAGGAAGUGUUGAGAACAGCUACAAGUAUCUGAAGGUACCACAGUACCACAAACUUAUGGCAACCAUGAAGAAGAGGCAAGGACAUCCAAGCGACAUCCAAAUACCUCUGGAGAGUCAGACAGGUCCUGAUAGCCUAGCUCAAUUGCAAAAACAAGAUCCAAGCCAUCAACAAAUAUGACCUACGAGUCAUCAGGUACCCAGCUGGAAUAAUAACCUAGCCAAGAGAAGAGUUGCUCACUAUGAAUGAAGGAUUCAACCCGAAAUCAAGCACCCAGAGACUGCAACCAGAAGGAAGAAGGUCUGGGCCUUAUGAGUGUCAAGGCCACAGCCCUAAAUGAAACACAGAGCAUCCACAAGUACAUCACAAAGAUGAAUUUCUCCAAUUUCUGCUAGAUCCUGCUGCUGCUGUUGCAGUAGCAGGUCCCUGAGACACACCAAGCUGCCACCUGUCAAGGAAAGAAAGGUAUGCUGGCCACUAGGUGCACUCCACAAAUCUGUAGUGAAAUGCACAACUUGACCAGAUGCCUUUGAAAACUCAUCUUUCACUACUCCAAGACAGGACUAAUAGAGUGAGGGGACUAUCUUUCUGCUACCCUCAAUAACACUCGACUACUAAUGGAAAAAGUCGAGAGAAAGGGGAAAACUGCACUAGUUGAUGGUGAAAAGGGUGGAAUGCUCCCUGAGGAAUCUAACUCUCUUGUACUAUCUCCUCCUCAUCCUCUGGCUCAGACUAAAUGCAGUUUCUGCAAGGGGGGUGAGACUGAUAUAACUGAUAAGCACAGACAACAAUGGCACUUCUAAAAGAGUAGCACUUGUUCCCUCAGUCUCUACCUGUCUAGCUUCUGGUAUGGAUGACUUGACUGACUUUGCUUCUCUCUCUCUGGUUAUAAGCACUAAGAGGAUGGGGUAGUGUUGGCAGUGGAAACAACUCGUGGCUUUUGCCAUUGAUCCCUUGCUGUUGCUAAAGCUAGGGAUAAAACAGAGGUGGGGGUAGGAAGAGCUCAUGUUCCACUGAAAGUGGUUCUAGUGGUGGUGGUCUUGGAAGGUGGAUCAGAAGAACAGCAGAACACGACCUACAGUCCUGCUGCUAAACUUUGUGCCAAACUUGCUCUGUUUGGCAGCUUCUAUUUCCAUUUCUUCAUGGACAAACAGAGAGAGGUAGCUACUGUGGUAGAGGAAGACGUUGGUAGGAAAACGUGCAUCUUUGUACUCACUGGGCUACUACUAGUAUUUUUUAUUUUUUUUACCAACAGUUAAUGCUGUUGUGCUAGCCUUAAAAAGCCCUGCGGUUUCCCUUUCCCGUGGAAACUGCUGGUGGUGCUGGGCCUUGUUGCACUACUGCCUGCUGCUAUUGGUGCCUUUCCUUGACCAAAAUCUUGCACCAAUGGGCCAGAAAUUGAAUGAGACGAAGAGGUUGGCCUCCUAGGAAGUGAGUUGAACAUAGAGGCAAAACUACUUGCCCGACUAAACUGACACAGAGCCUGCGUACUAGAAUACUACUAGUAGCAAUAGCAGUAGCCCUACUGAUGGUGGUGGCUUUCUGAGAGACUAUGCAAAACUGCACUGUGUGCCGUGUGCAGUCUGCCAGCAAGUGCAUCCUGCAGUACUGCAAACAGAGACACAGUCUAGACCAGUCUUCCCCAAACUCCGGCCCUCCAAUGUUCUUGAACUACAACUCCUAUGAUUCUCAGCCUAGUUCAUUGAUAGAAUCAAGUCCGCCAGCAAGUGCAUCCUGCAGUACUGCAAGCAGAGACACAGUUUAGACCAGGCUUCCCCAAACUCCGGCCCUCCAGAUGUUGCUGAACUACAACUCCCAUGAUUCUCAGCCUAUUUCAUUCAUAGAAUCAUGGAAGUUGUAGUUCAGCAACAUCUGGAGGGCGGAGUUUGAGGAAGCCUGGUCUAGACUAUCAAAAAAUUAUUUAUUAUUAGAAAAAUGUAAAUUGUUAAAGAAAAAACUGUUUAACUAGACUGACUCAUCUAAAAUAAAAUCAAGUGACGAAAAAUAAUGUCCUCUCGACUCACAACUACAGCAGAACAGUUCCCUUCACUGCUGAUGUUGAUGAGAGCAAAAAAAUAAAAAAUAAUAAUUAAACAACAGACACAGUUACUUCACUAUCCUGUGAAAGUAAAAGGGUGAAACAUUUCAAACUUAACAAAACAGACUCUCUUACUAGUGUAUUCUGUGCAAACAAUGCACAAAGAAGCUGUAAUACAAGAUGAGAUAUUAGAAACUUUAUACUAGAUCCUUAACUUACCCAACUUACCCAACAUCCUAAAGGCCUUCAGGGAAUUUGGCGAAAUUUCCAACUUAAAGAUCAGCUUUUCUGAAUCCUAUAUUUUGAAUGUCACAACUCCAAGCAACCGCGCUGACCCCUAUGCCGUAGCUUCCCGUUCCAAUGGUCCGACCAUAAAAUUUGAUUCCUGGGCACAUGGUUGACCAAGCGAAGGGGUGAUCUAUUUAAGGAAAACUUCACCCCCAUGCUGGAGACAUUCCAGCGGGACAUAAAGGAUCUCCUUCCUGUACUCCAUGCUGCAGGGGGAGACCCCUGCAGAAAAAAUGCUGUUCAUGGGCAAAUGGGAAACAGCCCUACAAAGGACAUUCACAGACAUGGAGUGGGAGAAGAUCUGCUACCUCACACACCACUGUUUAAGCUCUUAGCCAACUGGUACCGCACACCGAACCUCCUACACUUCAUCAACCCGGACCACUCUAACAUAUGCUGGACAUGUGAAAAAGAGGUAGGCAACACCCCACACUUAUGGUGGGGACUCUGAGAGGAUUAGGCCAUACUGGGUGGGAAUUCAUGGCAUGUUAGAGAUGUUCUCUGGUGCACCAACCCCCUUAGACCCGGCAGCGAUGCUCCUCCACCACACGACUACCCCCAGAUCCAAAUACAAGAAAUCUAUGACCAUUUUAAAUGUAGCCAAACAAGCUAUACACUGAAAUAGGGGCCUGCGAGUCUGCACUGUACUGAACCAUCACUUGCCUUUUGCUAUUUCUGACCUAGAGAGCUGCGUGUCUCCUUGUUUUUGCUACAUGCUUGACAUAUAUGUUCAAUGACAUGAACUGAAAAUAAUAAAAAUUAUAUUUACAAAAAAAAAAAAAGAGAUACAAUUAAAACACAGUCACACCCAGACAGAUGAGACUGAGAGAAAGUGAACUAUACCAACGCUGCCGCAACAGUAGCAUCUCUAAGAGAUGAAUGAUUUAUGCGCUUAAAAUAUCUAAGUAUAACAACAACAAUACAGUGGUAGAACUAAUGUAGAGAGGGCCCUGGUGCAAUAAUUGUUUUGGUCUCUCUCUACAUUUUUCGGUAAAAAGGUAGAUCCCCAUCUGUCAUGCAACUUCCACAAUGCAAGGACAGCCUGGGUCUACAAUUUGCCAAUCUUUGUAGAGUUAUAUUUGUGAACAGUGUGUGUGUAUUUUUGUAUAGAUUAUGUGUGUGCAUAUUAAGAUGUAUUUGCAUGUACUGUUGCCACUGGAAUGCAGUUGUGUACUUGAGUGUAGUGUUAUAAUUUUUGUGUUUUAAUACAGUGGGUGGGUUUGUAUGUAAGAAUUGUAUUUACAUGCAGUGGAGUGUUUGGAUUUAGUAUUGUAUUUUAAAUGCGCAUGACGGAUGUACAUUCUGUGUAGUAUUGGUGUUUGAGUGAAGGGCUGUGUUUGUAUAUAAUUUUGGAGUUUGAAUUCAGGGGUGUGUUUGUAAUGUUUGUGUUUUGGAAGGAUGUGUUUGCAUGUUGUGUUGGUGUUGGUGUUGGUUUUUUGGAUUGCUGCUGGCUAGGAGGAAGUAACAGCUUCCUUCUAGCUCUGCUAAUAUCACAGGGACCUUCAGUUAUGAAACUAUAAUCUGGUGUAACAGAUCAGCCAAUGUGACAGGAAGACACAGCUCCCAAGUGUCCCUAUUUAGGAUGGACAGUCCCUAUUUUGUGCCCAAAUCCAUCUGUUCCUCUUUUCUAUACUAAUGACCCUCUUUUCUAGGAGCUCCACAUUGUUGGUAUGUGAGCUCCUCAGUAAUAAAAUUCACCAUAAUGUGACUUUAAAGGGAUUCUAUAGUUUUAGGAAUACAAAUCUGUAUUCCUAACACUACAGUGCUCUCUGGUGUCCCCACCCGAUUCCAGCUCCGAUGUUCCUCACCACUGGGUCAGCGAUCUGCCUAGUCUGAGGUUUCAGAAUCUGUAAUGUUUUACAUUGCAGGACUAAGGGAGACAGACCACUUCAAUGAGAUGAAAAGUACAGACAGGUACACAUGGUGAGACAUUCAUUUAAUAAUCAAGUGGCUUUAUGUAUCGCACAAAAAGGUGUUUUGCCCAACUCAAUCCACGGAAGGGUUAAAACCAAGCAGCUAAUGUUUAGUUCGCUAUGUUUUGUGUCUAAACUCAAUCGAGAUAGAUUUCCUACAGACACAAACUACAACUAAGGAAACAUUUAGUAAAACCUGUUUGGAUUUUGUCUGACAACAAAUAACGAUUUUUUAUAAAUUGAAUUUAUAUAUUCAUAAAAUUAACUCUCUGUGUCUGAAUUUCUACUUGUCUAUCAAUGUUGUUAAUUUGCACAUUGCAUUUUGUUACAUAGUUCAUCAGACCAGUUUGGUGCAUCCAGUAGAUAAACUCUUUUGGGGUUAUUCACUAAUGUGAGAAUUCAAGAAAAAUUCAAGGAGAAUUUGACAUUUAAGGUCAAAAUAGCCAAACUGGGGAAGUUCUCUGCCAGCUGUGCUUUCAGAUCAGCUACAAACCACGAGGCCCCAGUGCGAAAAUAGCCCUGGGGCCCCUGGGGCCCCUGGGCCCCCCCAUAGGUCUACCCCUCCCCUCCCCCAUACGUAAACCCCCCUUCCCACACACACACAUGCAGACAAACAGAUACACAUACAUACAGACACACAUACAUAUAUACACAGAGACACAUACACACACAUACAUACAGACAUAAACACACACACAUAUAGAGACACAUACAUACAGGCACACAUACAGAGACAUACAUACAGACACACAUACACAAACACAUGCAAAAUGUUUUAGUCACCCUCUUGUUUCCUACCUUUAAAAUGCGGGAGGGUGACUUUCCUGGGGUCCAGUGGAGGCUUAGGCUGAUGGGAGUCCCCACUCUGACUUCCUCUCCUUAAUCGAACGAUUCCACCGAACAGUGUUCUUCCACGAUGUAAAGGAACCGAACGUAGGCGAUGCUGGAAGUUCAGCGGUGUUCGCAAGGUUGAGUGUCUGCCUGCGUUUGUGCAUUCGAACGGUGGCCACCCAGACGAAUAAUUAGAACACUGCGGUGAGAAUCAUUACAAGGUGUCAAUAGGGUUUAACAAGCUCCCGGGCAGUCUUUAGUUCGUGGAUCUGUUCGGUUUCCGAACAGUACAGGGAAACCACACGAACAGUCUUUUUACAUGUUUUUUUACAGGGCCCAUAGUCUUUAGGCAGGAGGCUAGCCAGCAGGCUCCUCCAGGAACACGUGUCAGAGGCAUCUUUGCCACACCUGAAUCUGGCCAUCUUCCUGUGGGGGGUUCCUCUUAAGCAUGCGCAAGAGUACAGCAUUGACGUCUAUAGAGGAUCCCGCACAGAGACACUGGUGACGGCUGGGGAAGAUUGACAGUUUCUAGACGGCGAUAGCUAUGCCCAGUGUCUCAAAGUUUCAGGCGUUGGAAAUAUACAGAGACAACUCAGUCCCUACUUCGUCUCAGUAGAUCUCUUGACUGGGUUGGAAUUUUCAGUAAAAUCCCAACGCAGUCAGAAUGAGUAUUUCAUAAAGAGUCUAUCUUUAUGAAAUACUACUAUUUCAGGGGGAGGGAGGUAAGUGCCACUUUAAGUGUUGUAAUAGCAUUUACGAUUAUAUAAUUUAUUUAGUCUCCCACUAAUUACAUCAUUGUUUUUAUUUACUGCACAAAUAAUUAAUAUAUCACUCUCAAAUCUUUAUUUUACUGUACAUUUAAUUUCUUUAAAAAACUGACUAAAGCUUAACUUUGACGUGAUCUGGGUUAAUUGCUGAACUGUAUAAAAGAUCAAAUUUCAGUCUUUCUCUGUUUCGUGCAUGGCUUGUUAUCUUUGUGCUUACAUGUUUUAUGGUCUCAAUAUAUGUGCAUUUGUGAUAUGACAAUUAACCUUCAGACUUUACCUAUUCCUUUCUUUACCAGGAAGUGGAAAUUUCUGCUUUUGAUGUCUAUUACUGGAAACACAAGUGCAUGAUCCCUGCGUUCACUUUUUGGUGCAUGUCUUUCUUGCAUGUCCUUUCAGGGAUCAAAUUUGAUUAGGGGAUCCUUGCACAGCCCAUUAGAAGCAAACACCUGCCUUUGGGGAUUGUUCAUUAUACUGGAAAUUUUGGAUAUACGUAGACAUUUUUACAUUGACACUUUUCCACCAAAAUAGCUUGGCUAGGAAGUCACUGACUUGUGAAUAAGAAGUGUGUUAUGCCAUCACUAAUAACAAGCACUUUCCCCCAAAAUUAAUAUGUUAGUUUGAUACCUUCCAAGGACAUCCUAUGCGCCUGGGCCGCCAUUGGUGCGUGACAAUAACUAAUGUGUAUUUGCACAGUGUGUGUAUAUGGGAUGAUACAUGGGAUGGAGCUUUAUUAAUUUUUUUAAUAAUUUAACAAGUAAAAUAUGUAUUCCCCUCCUUUUUGUUACUUUGCAGGGAUGGGGACAUGCCAUUUCCAAGUAAUCCAGUGGGCUACAUUUGCACCUCUAUAGGGUGCCCACCAUGAAUAUCUUACGAGCUCUGCCACCUAUAGUGUCAGAACAUUGCUUUGGUAACCCACGGCAACACUAUGAUUGGCCGGAGCUCGGGAAACAGAUCCCGUUGGUGCAGAGAUGAGGCUGUGUGACUGAUUCCACAUUAGAGUUUACUGUGUUGGUGAAGGAGAUCUUUGAUCUCACCACCGGUCCAUGAAAGGGCAAAUAGCACUCGUGAGCUGGCUCUCAGGAAGUGCUGGCGCUGCAUGGGCUGGCAGGGGAUGAUCUUAAUUAUGAUCUCCCAUGUUGACCUCUCCAAUGGUCCCUAUGUUGGCCAUCCCCCAUGUUGACCUCUCCAAUGAUCUCCCAUGUUGGCCAUCAGCCCAUAGCCAUCUCAACAUUUGCCCGGUUUGCCUUACGGCCAGUCCAGGCCUGGUUGAAACUGCCAGGAACUACAGAAUCUUCUGUAGAUUUUCUCUUGCCUUAGCUGCACUCUGUUUGUUUCUAUGGCUUGAGAAGAUGCAUGUUCCUAUCAUGUAGUAACAUCUGAAAGGUAAUGGAUACACAGAGCAGAAGGAAUCUGGGAAAAGUAGAUCACAGACUUCAGGUGUGACAGAAUUAGCCUGACCUAGGUAAGCAAUCAAGAGUGAUACCAGACUAUGUCAUCUACAAACCAGAAAUUGUGUAAAACCCCAAAAACUAUGGUAUGUGGGUGACGUAUACAUUUAAGAUGUUGCAGGGCAUUUUAACAACUCCUACUAUUUUGCACCUCUAUAGGGUGCCCACCAUGAAUAUCUUACGAGCUCUGCCACCUAUAGUGAGAGUUGAGAUCUGUAUAAAAAUGGCCUCUAAUAUAAAUCACCACCCGCUUUGUGUUCAGUUAGCAUACAUCUGCACAGCAGCCUUGUCUAUUAGCAUGGUGGAUUACCCAUUAGUUGGAAUUUGCCAUUCUCUAGCCCCUGGUUUUUACACAGAGGCUCCAUGGGCCCUGUCUUCACCUGAAUCUCUGGCUCUACCUGAGUCGACAGGGCUAUAAAAAAAAAAAAAAAAAUUCUCCCUGCUCAGCCCUGUGAUUCCUCACUACCUUAAGGGAGCGGUGUAGUCUGCAUUUCUAAUGGGUGCAGGUCACUUUAAGAGUUACUUCAUGAUCCUGGCUCUCGUUAAAGGAACACUCUAUUGCCCAAGCACAUACACACAAAAAUAAAAAUUAAUAAAACUCACUAUUAGUUGUCUGAUUGACAGCCAGGGGUUGUAACAAGGUUUAUUCAUAAAAAGUGUCCAUUUCAAUUGAAAUCUGCACUUUUCGUAAAAUGGAAAAGGAGAGCACAUUCUUCACACAUAAUUAAGCAUUUCAACAGCUAAAGUGCUUUAAUGGUUCAGAGUAUCUCUUUAAUGGCUCAGAGCAAUGCAGCUAUUUAGCACAAAUACAUCCAGGAAGCUCUUAAAGUAACCUGCACCUGAUAGAAGUAUAGACCACAGUGCUCCCCAUUAAACCACCACAGUCCAGCCUGAAAGUGUCCCCCUCCUCCCCUCCCAAAUCUUGACAAAAGAUAAGGAGGAAGGAAAAAAGACCGGCUAUUUGGGAAGAUCUCCUUCCACAAACUCAACCACAUCUUCCAACACACAGAACACUCAGCUACAACACUAAAAAACACACACACACACACACACACACACACACACACACACACACACACACACACACACACUCUCUCUCUCUAUUUCUUGCAGUAAAUUGAAAUUCUAAUUGUACAAUACAGGCAAAAAAAAAAAACUCUUUUGUAAGAAUUCUCCAAUUCAAAUAAAUUCACAAAUUGGUAAUUUUAGCCUGAAUUUCACAAUCUGAUUUUCACUUCAUCGCAAUUUGCUGUUUAGUGAACAGACACCCCAAGGGACCAUUAACUAGAAUGAUUGUCAGGGUUUCCUGUUUCAGCAGAGGCUACUCUCGGGUAGCUUACAUUGCAGCGAAUAGGAAGGAAUUCCGGCUUCAGCUCCGCCCGCACAUCAAUGCAUGAGGUCACAGAUCCGGGAGGGGCUCCAACUGAUAGUGUAUCCGCCUGAGGUUAUACACAGAGCGUUCCAACCACAGAAUUCUACAGCAAUGGCUUAUCCUGGACAGCCCGGCGCUGGUUACUACCAAGGAGGGGUAAGGAUGAGGGAUAACGUGUUUAUUAAUGUAGAUAGAAUCUAGAAGAUGCAAGCCUACAGAGAGGGGAGAAUAUGUAAGGGGUGUGAUUGGGGUGAGGGGUUGAUUGCACAGCAUCAAACUAUCCAUGUUCUGGGUGUAUCCUCCCCCCGAUCUUGUGUGUUGGGGGUAGAAUUCCUGAUGUAUCCAGAUCUACAUUGAGUUGUUUUUGUAAUCAGGAUGGAGGACCAGAGUGCACUUUGGGUAGAAAAUAAUCCAGUAAAUCCCUGGGGUAUGGGCUGGGCUGCUUGGUAGUGAAGGUAAUUUGUAUUUUAUUUUUUCCCCUCUAAUAUUUUCAGGUGCAUGGUUAGAAAUAAUAUUAUAUGUAAUGGUGCAUAAUCCUGUUUACUGACUAAUCUCCAGUUUGUUCCCUGCAUUGCUAGUCUAAACAUUGAACAGUAUUUUAUUUGAGAUCAUUCUAACUCAUUGUUUAUGUUGGUAUGCAAUGUUUGUAAGGCUUCUAAAGUAAUGAGAUCUGUUUUCUGUAUUACUUUUUAUAAGGUGGCUUUGGCAGAUGUAUUUUACGUCUUCCAUUUAAUUUACCACCCCACUGCUUCUCAAAAAUGCUGGGGGGGGGGGAGGAGGGGGUUGUUAACUUUCUGACAAAAAAAUAAAUUGGCAUCAUGCUUGACAAGUGUUGGGUAUGCAUGUAAAAAAAUCUAUAUUUAUUAGAAAUGAUUCUGUAAAACAUUAUUAAAAAUGGAUGGCAGGUUUUUGUUUGUGUUUUUUUUUUUUUUUUUUUUUUUUUUUUUUUUUUUUUUUUUUUUUUUUUUUUUUUUUUUUUUUAAAUAGUGUUUAAUCUUUACUUGGAUAUGUGUGUCUCAAGCUCACGAUUACUAAAGUUGUGGCCACAUAAUGAUGAUGAUUAUUGGUGAUAAAGCUCCCCAAUAAUGUAACUAAAUUAUCAAGUUUACUGCUGUACACUGCUCACAUAGUCUCCUACAAGCAGAAUAGUAAUUUCUGCCUCUUGGUCUGCAAUGUAGUUGCCACUAGACUAACAAGGCCUAGGUGUUGUGUGGCAGUUUAGAGGAGGGCAACAAUCAGGUGAUUUUAUUAUAGUCACUAAAGGCUUACUAUGUGCUAUUAGAAGGGCUACCGAACCGGUUCAUGGAUUACAGGAUAAACUGUACCAGGAAAGGUUAAAGGAUCUUAACAUGUAUAGCUAGGAGGAAAGACGAGACCUGGGGGAUAUGAUAGAAACCUUUUAAAUACAUAAAGGGAAUAAACACAGUAAAGGAGGAGACUAUAUUUAAAAUAACGAAAAACUACCACAACAAGAAGACAGUCUUAAACUAGAGGGGCAAAGGUUUAAAAAUUUCAGAAAGAAUUACUUUACUGAGAGGGUAGUGGAUGCACGGAAUAGCCUUCCAGCUGAAGUGGUAGAGGUUAACACAGUGAAGGAGUUUAAGCAUGCGUGGGAUAGGCUUAAGGCUAUUCUAGAUAUAAGAUAAGGCCAGGGACUAAUGACAUCAAUUAGAAAAUUGGGCAGACUAGAUGGGCCGAAUGGUUCUUAUCUGCCGUCACAUUCUAUGUUUCUAUGUACAGUAGCUUGCAGCAAGCCUUCAAUUUCUGUCCGUGAAGAAUGGCGUGUCAACGUCUCAAUCCCAAAUUGAGGUUGGGGCCUAAAUAUUGUGUAUAUUUUUAAGAGCAUAUACUAGCAUAACGGGAGGGGAGCAGAGAAAUAAAUGAAGAGAAGGGGGCAGGAGACCGAAGGUGAGUUGGCACCAAAAUGUACAUGUCCUGGUCUCUCUAUCAUGCCUAGUUCACCUUAAAGGGAAACUCCAGUGCCAGGAAAUCGGUUUUCCUGGCACUGCAGGUCCCCUCUCCCUCCCACCCCCCAACAUACUAACCACAUGCCUAAUAUCGUGUAUAUCCCCCUCGUGCUGCCAAAUUCGCCCUGAUGCAUCGAGGCAUGGAUUCCACAAGACCUCUGAAUGUCAUGUGGCUCCAAGACAUUAGCAGCAGAUCUUUUAAGUCAUGCAAGUUGCAAUGUGGGGAAUCCGUGGAUCAAAUUCAUUGUUCCAGCACAUCCCACAGAUUAAUAAUUGUAUUGAGAUCUACACAAUUGGAGGCCAAGACAACUUUGUCAUGUUCCUUAAAGCAUUCCUGAACAAUAUUUGCAGUGUGGCAGACAUUGCAUUAUCCUGCUGAAAGAGUCCACUGCCACCAGGGAACACCAUUGCCAUAAAGGGGUGUACGUGGUCUGCAAAAAUGUCUAGGUGAGGUGGUACGUGUCAAAGUAACAUCCACAUGAAUUCCCAGCAAAACAUUGCCCAGAGCAUAACACUGCCUCGUCCAGCCUGCCAUUCUUCCUAUAGUGCAUUUUAGUACAAUCUCUUCCCCGGGUAAACACACACCUGGCUAUCCACUUGAUCUAAAAGAAAACUUGAUUCAUCAGACCAAGCAACCUUUUUCCGUUGCUCAAUGGUCCAGUACUGACAUUAACGUCCCCAUUGAAGGCGAUUUCGGCAAUGGACAGGGGUCGUCAUGUGCACUCUGACCAGUCUGCGGCUAUGCAGCAAACUGUGAUUCAUUGUGAUUUGACACCUUUUUAUCAUGGCCAGCAUUAAGAAUUUCAGUAAUUUUAGCUACGUUGGCUCUUCAGUGUGAUCGGACCAGGCGUGUCCUGUACUCCUCACAUGCAUCACGGAGCCUUGGGCGCCCAUGACCCUGACACUGGUUCACCAGUUUUCCUUCCUUGUACCACUUUUGGUAGGUACUAACCACUGCAUACCGGGGACACCCCACAAAACUUGCCAUUUUGGAGAUGCUCUGAUCCAGUCAUCUAGCCAUCACUAUUUGGCCCUUAUUAGAGUCACUGCAAGCUUUUCACUUGCUUCCAACACCUGAAAUUCAAGAACUGGCUGUUCACUUGCUGCCUAAUAUAACCCACCUCUUGACAGGUUUCAUUGUAACGAUAUAAUCAAUGUUAUUCACUUCACCUGUCAGUGGUUUUAAUGUUGUGGCUGAUCAGUGUAUUUGUAUAAUAUAUAGACACUAUCCUCAAGACGGACCUAUACAUGUGCGAAAUUGUGCGUCUAUAAAUUAUUUAUUUUUGAGGCUGGAGGUCUAUGCGUGUGGUUUUUGUUUUUGAAUGCCCCUGAAUUACGUUAUUUGACAAAUGUUUCAUAUUUAUAUAAAGUAUUCCUGUACAGUUAUAAAUCUGUUGUUCUUCAGGGUGUGGUACAGGUUCAAUAUUCUAUAGUUUUGUUUUAUUGCACAAAUAUGUGACUUUCAUUGCUAAGGGAGCAAAGGUCACUGAAUUGUCAGGAAAUAACAUGUUGACAGCUAUAUAUUUAUAUAUUAUAUGUAUAUAUGAAUUGAAAGGACAUUUCACAUUUUUAAUCAGCAGCUUAUUUGGGAAAAUUCAUGUAACUAUUAUUACAAAACAUCACUGACACAAAUCGACUCAGAAUUGCCUUAAAGGGACACUAGUCACCUGAACAACUUUAGCUUAAUGAUGCAGUUUUGGUGUAUAGAACAUGCCUCUGCAGCCUCACUUCUCAAUCCUCUGCCAUUUAGGAGUUAAAUCCCUUUGUUUAUGAACCCUAGUCACACCUCCCUGCAUGUGACUUGCACAGCCUUCCAUAAACACUUCCUGUAAAGAGAGCCUUAUUUAGGCUUUCUUUAUUGCAAGUUCCUCUUUAAUUAAGAUUUUCUUAUCCCCUGCUAUGCUAAUAGCUUGCUAGACCCUGCAAGAGCCUCCUGUAUGUGAUUAAAAAGUUCAAUUUAGAGAUUGAGAUACAAUUAUUUAAGGUAAAUUACAUCUGUUUGAAAGUGAAACCAGUUUUAUUUUUUUUUUCAUGCAGGCUCUGUCAAUCAUAGCCAUGGGAGGUGUGGCUAGGGCUGCAUAAACAGAAACAAAGUGAUUUAACUCCUAAAUGACAGUGAAUUGAGCAGUGGAAUUGCAGGGGAAUGAUCUAUACACUAAAACUGCUUUAUUUAGCUAAAGUAAUUUAGGUGACUAUAGUGUUCCUUUAACCCCUUCGCGACCGAGGACGGUUCAGGACAGUCAUCGGCAUUUUUGCCUUGAGGACCGAUGACGACGGUCCUGAACCGUCCUAACGGUCUGGGGGUACUUACCUGAUCGCCGUCGUUCCCCCGGCGGUGAUCAGUGUUGCUCCGGUUGUGGGGAGACUGCCUGCAGCCCAGACAGUCUCCCCACACUGAUUUAGGAACCCUGUGGCCAUGUGAUCGCUUAACACAGCGAUCACAUGGUCAUAAUAGGUGUCCAUAGUGCUGCCUGCAGGGGGACUGUCUGUGCUGACAAGCAGUCUCCCUGCAUGUGUAAAAUCAGAAAAAAAAAAAUAAAGUUAGUGUUAAUAAUAAAUAAAAAAAAUUAUAUGUGUAUAUAAAUAUGAUAUAUAGACAUAUAAUAUAUCUAUAUAAUAUAUGUCUAUAUAUCAUCUAUAUAAUGCCAUACUAAGUGUAUUUUUAUAUUAAUAUGUACUUAUAUUAAUAUAAAAAUACACUUAUAAUUAAAUUACACACGUGUGUGUGUGUGUGUGUGUAUAUAUAUAUAUAUAUAUAUAUAUAUAUAUAUAUGUGUGUAUAUAUAUAUAUAUAUUGUGUAUAUAUAUAUUAUAAAAUAUAAAUAAGUAAUUUAAAUUAAAAAAUUUUUAAAAUAAUAAUAAAAAAAUAAAAAAUAAAUUAUAUAUCUAUAUGAAAUUUUAUUCUAACUGUAUUUUAAAAUUAAUAUAUAUAUAUAUUUAUAUCAAAAUACACUUAGAAUGAAUUUGUAUAUAUAUCUAUGUAUAUAAAUAAAAAUAAUAAGAAAUAUACAUAUGUCCAUAUACAAAAUUACAUAAAUAAUUAUAUAAAUAUACAUGUAGACUUCAAAUAUAUAAAUAUGCAUA